GCGUUUCCCGCCCCUCCCGUUGCGGGGGCGUUUCCCCGCGCCGGGGUCGCGCACGUCCGGCCCCGCCCGUGAAAUUCCGGGGGGCUGCGGGAUCGCCCCCUCCGCCGGGACCACCAUGGCCAGCGAGGCCGAGCCCACCCGGCGUCGCCGCUGCUGCCGCUGCUGCUGCGGGCAGGACCCGCCCGACAUUCCCAAGGCCACGGAUUCCCGGCGGGGCUCCCUGUGCGACCGGCACUGCUCCACCACCAUCAACAACGACCUGGGCGACCUGGGCUGUCACCUGCACCGGCCCCGCGGCCCCAUGGCCACGCCCGAGGAGUGUGAGAGCUGCACCAGGACCACCCUGACGGCCGAGAACGCCGUGGAGGCCAACAAGCUCUCCAACAACUACAAGUUUGGCUUCAAGAAGUGGAAGAGCCACGUGACGGCGCGGCCCUGGGAGGAGCGCUCCGACAUCGUCAAGGAGCUCUACUCCGACCUCACCGCGCUCCGGGGCCCUGCAGGGUCCACAGUGACGUGUGGGAACGUCCUGUACCUGCUGCUCUUCGGCUGGUGGCUCUCGCUGCUGCACGGCCUGGUGGCCGCCGGCAUGUUCCUCACCGUCGUGGGGGCUCCUCACGGGCGGCUCUGCUGGGACCUGGCCGGAUAUUUCCUGUGGCCCUUCGGCAAAGUGAUCCAGAAGGUGGAGGUGCCCAAAUCCCAGGAGGCUGGUACGGGGGAGAGCUCGGCCCUGCUGGGGGGUCCCACCCCAGGCCGCUGGCGCCUGCGGUGCUGGGAGGGCACCGAAUACUGGCGCCGUGUGGGCACCGCGGCCUGGCUGUGCCUGGGGUACCCGGUGCUGGCCCUGUCCCACGGCCUGGUCUGUGUCACCUCCUGGCUGCUCAUCGUCACCAUCCCCGUGGCCAAGCUGAGCGCCCGCAGUGCCACCCGCGUCCUGCUGCUGCCCCCCGAGCGCGUCCGCGUCCGCAGGGGCAGGAUGACGGAGGUGCCGCUGGAGGGGGAGGUGAUCCUGUGCUGCUACCGCGCCGCCAACCCCUACUACUACAAGUACUCCGUGCACGGCCUCAACGUCUUCGCCGUCAACCUGCUGCCGCUGGUGGUGGUGACGCUGCUGCUGGGCUACCUGGACAGCCACAACCACCUGAGCAGCUCCACCCUCAAGUUCUCCCUGGCCCUGCUCUCCAUCAUGCCCCUGUCCUACUACAUCGGGAUGGCCAUCGCCAGCAUCUCAGCGCAGAGCACGUUCGCGGUGGGCGCGGUGGUGAACGCCACCUUCGGCUCCGUCACCGAGCUCACCUUCUACAUCAGCGCCCUGCUCAAGGGCUCCCGCGAGGGCAGCGCCUGCUACGCCGAGGUCGUCAAGUCGGCGCUGACGGGCACCCUGGUGGGCUGCGUGCUCUUCGUGCCGGGUCUGUGCAUGGUCAUCGGGGGCAUCCGGCACCAGGAGCAGCGCUUCAACAGCCGCUCGGCCGGCGUCAGCUCCGCCCUGCUCUUCCUCUCCGUGGGAGGAGUCUUUGCCCCCACGCUGUUCUCCAAGGUCUACGGGAAGCUGGUGUGCGGCGAGUGCCACAACGUCACCCAGAACCCGCUGGGCCACUACCU